AAGAGGGAAAAAGAAUAGGAAAAGGAUCCACGUUAGCUUUCUCGUCAUGGAUUCCAUCACUGCUGAACGUCGACUUAACGCCAUUCACGGUCACCUUGUCCCCGUCGUCGUCGUCGGCGCCGGUUAUCAUUCCAACGACCUCCGUUCUAAUCCAACCGCCGGCGAAUUCCUCUCAGAGAAGGGUUAUAGUGUCGUGCUGCCAGAGAAACUGCAGACAGGAAAAUGGAAUGUAUACAGAUCUGCUUGCUCUCCGUUUAAGCUUGUGACUAGAUUUCCUGAUCAUCCUUAUAUUGGUACUUUGCAUGAUAAUUCUAUACAUGCAGUUGAUACCUUCCGAGAUUACAAAUAUCUUGGUACAAGAAUUCGAGUCGAUGGUACAAUUGGAGAGUACAAGUGGAUGACAUAUGGAGAAGCAGGAACUGCCCGGGCGGCCAUUGGUUCUGGCCUACUAUUUCAUGGAAUCCCGAAGGGCUCUUGUGUUGGCUUUUAUUUCAUCAAUAGACCAGAGUGGCUCAUUGUUGAUCAUGCUUGCUCUGCAUAUUCCCUUGUAUCAGUUCCUUUGUAUGACACUUUAGGUCCAGAUGCUGUUAAGUACAUUGUUAAUCAUGCUGAUGUGAAAGCUAUAUUUUCUGUGCCCCAAACACUGAAUUCUUUGCGAGGCUUUUUUAAUGAGAUUCCUUCUGUACAGUUGAUUGUGGUGGUUGGAGGAAUGGACAAUGAAUUGCCUUCAUUGCCACCUUCAACCGAAAUUCAGAUUGUGACAUAUGCAAAAUUAUUAAGUGAGGGCCGCGGUAACCCCCAACCUUUUUCCCCACCAAACCCAAAUGAUGUUGCAACCAUUUGCUACACUAGUGGUACAACUGGAACACCAAAGGGAGUUGUGCUGACCCAUGGAAACUUGAUUGCAAAUGCUGCUGGAUGCAGCAUUGCUACAAAAUUUUACCCCUCAGACAUAUAUAUAUCAUAUCUUCCUUUGGCACACAUUUAUGAACGAGGUUAUCAGGUUCUUUUAGCAUAUUUCGGAGUUGCAGUUGGAUUCUACCAGGGGGAUAACAUGGAAUUAAUGAAUGACCUGGUUGCACUACGACCAACGAUAUUUUGCAGUGUCCCUAGACUGUAUAACAGAAUUUACGCCGGUAUUCUCAGUGCAGUAAAGUCUUCUGGUCCUCUGAAGGAGAGACUUUUUAAUGCCGCCUACAAUUCCAAGAGGCAAGCAAUAAUGAAUGGAAAUAAUCCUUCACCCCUGUGGGACAAAUUGGUGUUCAACAAAAUAAAGGCCAAACUCGGAGGACGAGUUCGUUUCUUUUCUUCAGGUGCUUCACCCUUGUCUCCUGACAUCCUAGACUUCUUGAAGAUCUGCUUUGGUGGUCGAGUAUUGGAAGGAUAUGGAAUGACCGAGUCUUCAUGUGUUAUAAGCAUGAUGGAUGAGGGUGACAAUCUUUCUGGCCAUGUUGGCUCUCCUAAUCCGGCUUGUGAAAUAAAGCUUGUGGAUGUCCCAGAAAUGAACUACACAUCUGAUGAUGAGCCGCAUCCUCGUGGAGAAAUCUGUGUUAGGGGUCCAAUAAUUUUUCAAGGAUAUUACAAAGAUGAAGCGCAUACGAAAGAGGUACUUGAUGAAGACGGAUGGCUUCAUACGGGAGAUAUAGGACUAUGGUUACCUGGAGGUCGUCUUAAGAUUAUUGAUAGGAAGAAGAACAUUUUUAAGCUGGCUCAGGGAGAGUACAUAUCUCCAGAAAAAAUCGAAAAUGUAUACGCUAAAUGCAGAUUUAUUUCCCAGUGUUUUAUUUACGGUGACAGCCUGAAUUCUUCAUUGGUAGCUAUUGUCUCAGUGGACCAAGAUGUUUUGAAAACAUGGGCUGCAACUGAAGGCAUUAAGUACAAGGAUUUAGAACAACUGUGCAAUGACCGAACAGCAAGGGCUGCUGUCCUGUCCGAUAUGGAUGCCAUUGGAAGAGAAGCUCAGCUUAGAGGCUUCGAAUUUGCAAAAGCUGUGACUUUAGAACUUGAACCAUUCACUAUGGAAAACGGACUGCUUACUCCGACUUCAAAGAUUAAGAGACAUCAAGCAAAGGAAUACUUCGCCAAAGCAAUUUCGAACUUGUAUGCGAAGCUCACUACAUCAGAUACCUCUACUUAGAUGUAGUUGUGAAGCCAAUGCAAUAAAAAUGCAGACAGUGAAAGACAAAAAAGAUCUCCAGAUUUUGCCAAGGCUACCAACAUUUCUCAAGUAUGUUUUAAUCCCAUACCUGGAAAAAUAAAAUGGUUGAUUUUUUUUUCCUUCAACUUUUCCCCCCUUCAUACUGAGCAUCACUUACUUCACCUACAU